GGGCAGUCUGGGUGAGAUUGCGUCAGUCUUCAGGUGAAUUCGUUGAGGUGAAGAACGUGAAUCGUCUUCGUGAGCACUGACGAUAAUAUACCGUUAAACCGUGUCCAAUUGAUACGUGGUUGUGGAUCUUUUUUUAGUUCCUUCUGCAGGAACAAAUUUAAUUUAGGUGCUUUUGUAUGAUAAGAAUUCUUUGAGUGCAAAGUGCAAAGAGAUUCGUAAGUAGGAUGUACCUGGGUCAGGAGGAAGUGAAGUGAAGACAUAGCCCCAGUUCAUUCGAAGUAUUCUCGGUGGGGCCCCCCAGUUGUAACGGUAUACCCCGAUGUCGUGUACCAUAAACAGCAACAUAAGCAACAGUAUAGAAUUCCAAGUGACUUCCAUUUGAUUCUCACAGUGAAGACAGAUUAUCCUGGAGCAAGGAUAACUAUUUAGAAAGGAUUUUUGGGGGAAGUUUUGUUGCAGUGGACAAAGUGACUGAAAGAAAAUGCAAAAAUUAUUUGUGAUUGUAUUAAUUUGUGCUGGUUCAGUAGCUGGUCAAGAUGAAUCUCUAGCUGGGAGUUUCCUCUCAGGUCUUCUCGACACAAUCACAAGUACGGCAGAUUCAAAAGACUGCCCAGGAGUGUGUGUCCACACUCUGGCCACUCUCAUCUGCUACGAGGUGUUGGAGGAUGUACCGUGUCCCUCUCCUAGCAUGAGAUGCUGUCUUGAGAGCGCACCAGACGACAGUAAGACCACCGAGGCACCCAAGAUUGCAUCUACAACAUCCACCACAACCACCCAAAGAACGACGACGGUGUCGAAGAAUAAAAAGGACAAGGAGGACAAGAACAAGGCUUGUCCGGGUGUUUGUGUGGCUGAUCAUAUAGCAGAGUACUGUGAGGCAUAUCUCAAGACGCCCGAUUUAUGUAAAACAGGUUCCAAGUGCUGCGUCUCACGUGAUAUCUAUCCAGAUAAACCGCCAGCUGAUUUAUAUGUUCCCAGUCAUGUUGUGAAGCCGACAACGGGCAGACCAAAUUCUGGCACACACAAAGUAGAAUCACAGCAUAAAACCACCACCGAACCACCGCGCCAGAAGACCAACAGUCCAGUUAAGAAUGGGAAGCCGCCCAACAAGUACAACAAAAUAACAUCUGGGAAUCGCAAUCCAGAGAAAGAAGCCCCAGCGAGUAAGCCUCAAUCCAAGGCAUGUUCCGGAGAGUGUGUUAGCGGGCUAUUUGCCCUCUUUUGCGAUGAUAUCGAUGCAGAGGCUUAUUGUCCCGGGGAAGGGAGUUGCUGUAUCACAAAUAGUGGAGAAGAUGAUCGUGUUCAGACAACUACUCCACGUAUUACCACACCUCCACCACCACCGAGAUGCCCAGGAUUCUGUCUCCUUAACAUUAUGGCAGCAUUCUGUGAGCGCCCAUCCGUUAUCAUACCUAGAACAUCCACGUGCAAGCAGGGAUCAGUUUGCUGUGAUAACACCCGAGCAGCCACAACAUCACGACCACGGCCACAGUCACGACGACCAGUUACACAACCACCAACGACCACAACAACCACUACUCAAGCACCUGAUCCACGGGAACCAUGCCCCGGAUCCUGCAUAGUGGGCCUAUUGAGUUUCACAUGCUUCCGCAAUGCUGAAUUAACUGACUUGUUUAAAUGCAAAAAGAGCGGUACGCAUUGCUGUGCACCAAAGAGUCGCAUCCAGGAAGUACAAAAUGCCAUGGCUAGGAAUGAAACUGUCGGCAUGUACAACAAUGGUCCACAACCACCGUAUCCUCCGCCCUAUGGUGCUGCCACACCAAUGCCACCAAAUUACCCUGCAUCCCCAGUUCCAGGACCUGCAAUUGCAACAACAAACAACUACGAGGUGCCUGCUCCGACAUCAACCACCUCCAGACCACCAAUCUAUUCAAAAUACGUCUGUGGUGUUAAGGGUACUAGUCGUACAGGACGAAAGGCUGAACCAUUGCGUGAUAAGCGACAUAUAAACGGUACGAGCUACAUUAGCCAUCCUGGCAAAAAGACAGGGGAACGUCUUCAAUUGGGCCAUGAUAUCACACCCUAUCAAAUUAGUCAGGAUCUCGUGCAGUAUGCCGAUGUUCCCCCAGGUGGCAACUUUACGCGACAAGGUAGGAGACGAGGACGUGUUGUGGGUGGAGAGGAUGGAGACAAUGGCGAAUGGUGCUGGCAGGUUGCUCUCAUUAACUCACUCAAUCAGUACCUAUGUGGAGCCGCUCUCAUUGGAACACAGUGGAUCCUAACUGCUGCUCACUGUGUCACCAACAUUGUUCGUUCAGGAGAUGCAAUAUACGUUCGUGUGGGAGAUUAUGACUUAACGAGAAAAUAUGGAAGUCCAGGAGCUCAAACCCUCCGGGUAGCCACAACUUACAUCCAUCAUAAUCACAAUAGCCAAACUCUGGAUAACGAUAUUGCCCUUCUCAAGCUUCACGGACAAGCUGAAUUGCGAGAUGGUGUGUGUCUUGUGUGUCUCCCAGCACGAGGAGUUAAUCACGCAGCUGGUAAACGUUGCACAGUCACGGGAUAUGGUUACAUGGGCGAAGCUGGCCCUAUCCCCUUAAGGAUUCGUGAGGCUGAAAUUCCCAUUGUGAGCGAUGCUGAAUGCAUCAGGAAAGUGAAUGCAGUCACAGAGAAGAUCUUCAUUUUGCCCGCCUCUAGUUUCUGUGCUGGAGGAGAGGAGGGCAAUGAUGCAUGCCAAGGAGAUGGUGGAGGACCUCUUGUUUGUCAGGACGAUGGAUUCUUUGAAUUGGCUGGUUUGGUAUCCUGGGGCUUUGGUUGUGGUCGUGUGGAUGUUCCGGGUGUUUAUGUAAAAGUCUCCUCAUUUAUUGGAUGGAUUAAUCAAAUUAUCAGUGUCAACAACUUGUGAUCACUCUAUACACAAACAAAAAAACACACAUCUGCGAUGAAAAAAUUGUCCUCUCUGUAAAUGCUGUAAAUUGCACUACCUGCAGCCCUAUGUCACACACAAGAAAACUUUAAAAGACUUGAAUUAUUUAUUUUAUUUCAUAACAUGUCUUUUCCAAUAAAAAGGAAUUAAAUUUA